GGUCCAUCGCCAGGUGUCAGUUCAGCAGAGGCCGCAACCGGUCCCUUCUGUGUUUUCUCGCCUCGUUCUACGCGGGAGGGCUGGAAACCUGUCACGGUCAAGCUGACUCGGGGUUUUUACGUGCGCGUUUUGCGCAAUAAUACGGUAGAUGGCGUUUUUCUUUUUGCGCACGUAAUAGCGUUUAUUGAGCAGUUUCUUUCCUUGGAUCGCGUAGGUUGGGAAGCCAAGUGUUUCGUAAUUAGUGCGCGGAAGUGUACUGAAUUAUUGUUAUAAGACUAUAUUUAUGUACCACAAUGUAUUAUAUAUGUUCAUUAGAUUAUAUUAUUCUAUGUUUCUACACAAUUUUGAUUACUGAAUUCAUAUUUUUCAGUAAUCUGGAAAAAAAUGUUAUUUUAACACAAAACUCAACAGAGCAUCAUUUAAACAGCUAUGCAUAAUAAUUAUUAGUAUUACCUGUAUUAAUGUGCUACGAUAUUCUACCUAGUUGUAUCUUUUUACUUGAAUUUUUAUUUCUUUAUCGAGGGACGUGAGACUCAUUUUCUAAAUGAUUUUUGCUCCUCGGGUCGCGUUACGAAUUAUUUUACAAGACAGCUUUCUUAAAAUGUACAUAUUUGUGUCGGAUUUGUAUCUUCUUUCUGUACUAUAGUAAAAGCAACCUGGGGUUACGGAACCAGUCGUUAGAUGUCAGUAAAGAGCAUCCAAGUGGAGCGGAAUCGUGGAAUCGCGUUCAUUGAAACGGACUCUUUCCGCGUCAGUAGGAGGAGGCGUCCUGUUACCAUGGAGACCAACGUGGCGAUUAUAAACGACGCUGAAAGACCCCAGACCUUACGCAUUAAUCAUUCAGCUGCUGGGCUUCACCCGGACGGAGUUCGUGGCAUGUCUUCAUUUUCAGUAACUUUAAACUAUCUUAAAUUUGAAUGCGCUCAAAGUUAAUGAAAAUAAAAGUUUAUGGAGUAAUUGUAAAAAAUCAUAACUACAUGUCAGAUAUUUAGGAAAGCUCUAAAAUUGUGACUUAGUGGUAAAAGUGAAUUUGUGAGCAAUAAUGAACAAAGCAAGUUCCAAAUGGACUCCGUGCCCCAACCGUGUUCGUAUUAAAACGUACCACCUGGGUGAGGCCAGUGGCAAUGGGUCGUGGGCCCCCGCCUCGCAGAUCCCGGGCCUGUCCCCCUCAGCCGGCUCGGUCCCCCAGGAGAAGGCCCGCGGGCGACGCGUGGGCAUUUUGGAGACCGACUCUGAUUACGUGAAACUGGCGAAACAAGGAGGGCAAAAGGGUCUGCUGUGGCAUGAGGACACGAGCAUGGAGACCAAGACCGGUUCGCAGUAUAAAGCCCCCGACUGGUUCUCCGCAGACUCCGACUCUCAGGAGGAAUGCAGGAAACACGGUUCUCCCGAUGGCGUGGAAACCAAGGGCGAGGAGACCAAGCAGAGUCCAGGGAAGGGGACCUUCCAGCCCCUCAGCGCUCCCUUCGGGGGCGAUAACAAGUCCGCCUGGGAACGCGACCGAGACGGCGCCAUCUCUGGGCCACAGAAUGUGUUCCAGGCGAAUCAGGCCCUGGAGAAGAUGUCUCUGAGCUCUGGAGAUGUUCAACAGGCCAACAAGUACAAGAGGAUAUCCUACGAGAAGAAAGCAGCUCCCGUGAACAUGUCCAAACUGCUCAGCUUCGGGUACGUCGAAGACGAGAAGAAGUCACCCAGCGAGGACGAUGCAUCCAGUGUCACCUCGGACCCGAUCGGCUCCACGGCACCCGAGGGCGACGCGGCACUGGACGCCUCGCAGUGAGACGCGCAAAGAGGACACCCGCUACACCCGGUCCACCCCUCGUUCCUCGUGGACGACGCCACCGCUAACCCCCUCUGUCAUUGCCCUGUCCUCCAUACGGUCUAGUGAUGACUUCCCCGCUUCUCUCCAGAGGACCCCCAGCUCUCGGGUUCGAACGAACGACGGGGAGGGGGGCCUCGUCCUCCCGUCUUGCUACCCUGUCACUCAUGUGCCCAACUUUCUACAGCAAAAUUGCGAGGCUGCGCGGUAACCAUGGCAACGGGAACCAUCGCGCCUGAUCUAUUGCGGAGGGGGCAUUUCUCCGGCGCUCGGGGGCCGUGGCCCCGUCUUUGGGGGCAGCCGAGAAGACGGGAGAUGGCGUGGAGGGUCCCGGCUCACCCGAGCACCGCUGUGUUGCUGCAUGAUUAUGAAUUUCGGAUAUUGGCAGGGCGCUCCGUGCGACGUUUCGGCGACAACUCAUGUCUUGCUCUCCUCAUUCGUUCCCUUUGUGCCCAACUGUUUAUCCUCUCGGUUGUAUUUUUUAUUUGUUUGGUAAAAAUAAUACUUGUAUAAUAUUUUUUUUAAAUGGAGCUUGUGGUGUAAAAAGUUCAAUCGCACAGCGUUGAGGUCUUCGUUUGUUUUUUAUGUUUCAGAAGAGAAAAGGUUGACAUCUGUUGUUGCUCGAAACAUGUCGGUACAAUAAACCUGCAUGUGCAUGUAAA